CUGCCCCGCACCAAGAUGGCGGCGCGCCCCUCACGCUCCCAAGCCCGAGCGGGUCCACUUCCGGGUGGCUCGUGGGCUUCCGGGAGGGCGCUGACGUCAGCGGGUAAGAUGGCGGAGGCGGCGGCGGCUGUUUCUCCGCUUCGUUUCUUCUGUCACUGCUGCAAGGGAGAGGUGUGCCCCAAGCUGCCGGAGUACACCUGUCCUCGAUGUGAGUCCGGCUUUAUAGAGGAAGUCACAGACGAAACAAGUUUCUUGGACAAUGGAACAAACGGUCUUGAUGAUGAUUCCGCCACACAGUUUGCCGAGCUAUGGGAUCGCACCUUCCUGAAUCUGGACCAGACCUUCCUGUUUGUUGAUGGGAGACCCUUGCGCAGUGGUACCUCUCUAGAUCACGAUGGUGGGGAGCUGGAACGAGGAAGCCAGCAGAAUGAUAUCUGGGGUCCCAGCCGACACACGAGGUUACCAAUGGCCAGAAGGUAUCGUGCCCGUGGAGCGUCACGCCCAGAGAGGUCUCCAGCCAUUGAAGGAAUAAUCCAGCAGCUGUUUGCUGGGCUCUUCAACGCAGGAAUCUCAGGCUCUCAGCAGACAUUCUCCUGGAGCGGGAUGCUACACUCAAACCCUGCUGAUUAUGCCUGGGGACAGAGUGGACUUGAUGCAGUGAUUACACAGCUUCUGGGACAGCUAGAAAACACGGGGCCACCUCCAGCAGACAAAGACAAAAUCACAGCUCUCCCGACAGUGCAUAUCACACAGGAGCAGAUUGAUUCCGGUUUAGAAUGUCCAGUUUGUAAAGAGGAUUAUCUUCUUGAGGAACUGGUUCGACAACUUCCCUGUAACCACUUCUUCCACAGCGACUGCAUCGUCCCCUGGUUAGAACUGCAUGAUACCUGUCCCGUGUGUCGCAAGAGUUUGAAUGGCGAGGUCACCAUGGGUCACCGGCAAACCUCAGAGGAGUUAUCUGGUAACUUGAGUGGCAGUGAAAACCGACAGCGAGACUCCUGGGCAUACUGAAGGACUCUGCAGGAAGUACUUUGCACCCCAAUCCCUGCAUAACCUGAUCAGUAAUAUUGUUACUUCUAUUGUAAAUGAUAUAUAUUAAAGAAACAAGUGGGCAGGUGCCACAGUUGAGUGGCUGCUCCCAAACUGAUGGCAUUUACAGGGGCCUAUCUUUCAUUCUGUGAAUUAUGUGUUUAACAAUGUGGCAUUGAUUCGCUUUUCAAUGGUAGCACAAAGAUCAUAGUUUUAUGCUCAGUUUGUUCGAACUUUGCUCUAUUUCGAAGACCAUGGGAAGUUGAUUUUAAUUUCACCGGGUGAGAAAUGCCACUUUUCAGAGCUUGCCAGGUAUGUUUGUGUUUUGCAGUGAGCGGGAAGUUGUGAAUCUCUUGGAAGUAAAUGCUGCAGGAAAGCCUCGAUUUAACAGUGAGGUGGGGUGUGGGUUUUACUCAAUCUGAAACAUGACAGUGACUAGACAGAAAAAGACACAAAAGGAACCAAUAAUCUCUCCCUGAGCCAUUGUGCUACAUAUGAACUGAUUGUCAACCUUAUACUCAAACUUCUUAACCCUAUAAUAGAUGUUUGAAAAUAUUGCUGUCUAUUCCAAUGUAGCUUUCCAAUCAAUCAGGCCGUAUCUGUUUGGAUGCUGUUUGUUGCCCCUUUUCCCCCAGUUUCCUGUCACUGUCUGUCCCCCAGGUCCACAAGUGCUCCCCACCCUCAAUGUCUUGUGACGUAGUUAUUCACCGUUGGUGACCCAAGGACACGUACGUGAGCAGAUUGUUCAGCUGUAGGCUGCUUCAUCAAUAAUUUUUCCGUUUGCAUUGUGCACUUGGCAGCAGAAGCAGGGACUCUGCUUCCCUCCCUGCCCCCAGCCUUUACCAGUUAACAUUAGUCAGAGGGCAAUAGGUCUGGGUGGGUUACUCUUCAGAGGGUCAGUGUGGACUUGUUGGGCCGAAGGGUCUGUUUCCACACUGGAAAGAAUCAAAUCUAAUCUUAACCAGUGAGUUUUCUCAGACUGACAGGAAGGGGUUAUCUUGUGCCUGAUUUGGAUGUUGCAGGCGCAUGGUUCCAGGACUGAUCUACACAUUCAACCCCCAAAUCUAAGAUUACCCUUUCAGUUUUCAUUGUAAAUACUGAUAUAGUUCUAGGGUUAUACCCUUAGUGCAGGUGGAAGGGAUUACUCUCGAAAUCCUCAGACCUCCUUGAGCCAGUUCUUAAAAUCUCCUUACCCUUAUGAGCCAAUCAGAGAUUGAUUUUAAGAGCUAUCUUCUGAAAAUGCCCUGUCAGCACCCAGGUCAGAUCACUGGGUUCUCCCUUUUACCCUCCAGCUCUCAUAAAUACCUUGUGUUUGCAGCGAGGUGCCCGGCCACUUAAAGCAGCUCUUCCCUGUACAAUCCAAGGUAAUUUAUCAUUUAUUAGAAGGUGUCUUUGAGCAGAAAGGAUGGGAGCUCCUAGGAAAGGAAAUCAAUGGGAUUCAGAAGCAUAGGAGUCAGUGCAGGGGCAGUAUGUUUCCUCUUGCCCCCUCCCAGGCUGGCAGCCGCUGACUGACUGACCUAGUUACUGCCUUCCUCUGUUCCCUUUCUGCAUCCCCAAGUGGGUAGUAUAGUCAGAGAAGAGAAACAAUUGGAAAUCGGAGAGCAGCGCUCUCUAAAUUCAUGAUCUCUUCUUUCCUUCCUCCAUCUCAACAUGCACUGGAGGAACAGGUCGUUCUGAUACCUGGCUACUCUCUCAGCUUUUCAGUUCAAGAUUGUGUUAGCAGGAGAUCAAACCUCAUUAGCUUGAUGGUUGUCAUGAAUUCGAUUUGGCAAGUUUUCAUAUUUCUCCACAAAGCAUUCGUUUAUAUCAUGCAGGAUGUGACUGAGGAACUGAGGCUUAAACAAACCUUGGAUUAACGGCAUAGCCCAUAAAUCCCAAGGAGCAGAAAGUCUUCGGCUUUCGCCACUCCUGCUGGUAUUUGUGAAGGAGAAUUCCACUUUUCAUUUUCUUCAAGCUUCAGGGUGAUGCAGAAUGUAUUUUGGCUUGCAGCAAAGAGGGCAGCAGCAUUAAUAUCAUGGUCUUAAAGUAAUACAGUAUUGAGAGGGAGGAAGAGAGAGAUCACAGCCUCAAUCACACACAGAUAGUUGUUGACAUUGAAUGGUAUUAGGUUUUGAGCUGUGAGUGAGUGAAUGUGGACAGAAGCAAGGGUUGGGGAAUAAUGACAUGGCACCACAGUGUUAACCAUCACUGGCCAAUUUCAAUGAUUUUUUUUUGUCAUGUUAAAAUGUCAAACACAACAAAGUUGGUUUUAACUUGGAUGGGUUUGUAAAUGGUGAUGCAUGAAGUUUAGUUAGUCUUGGUAGUGUGAUCCACUCUAAACAGUGACCAAUCUGUGACUGAACACAUCAGUAUAAUCCAAGAGCCACUGAAUUGAUCACUGGUUUUUAUUCUGAUUUUUAUUUGUACAAUGCAAGGUAUUGGCUUUAAUGGUGUUAAAAUGAUUCACAGUUUAGAUUCUGAUCUGGGACAUGGCCCUGUGGAGUGAUCUGCAGUUGCACAGUUCCACCAUCCAGCCAUGAGGGGAGUGGUACAUUUCUGGUUACUCUGAGGGUAGAGAGGUAUCACUGAAGCACUGACUGCACAGGCUGGGUCUAACAAAAGGCAUUAAUGUUCUCACCCAUGCUCCAGCCCUAAACCUGCAGCAUGGUUUGGAAAGAAGCCGAGUUCAAUAUGUGCACAGAUUCUUUCAGGCCAGAAGCGGCCAAUUUGCCUGUCAAACCUCUUCUGAAGAGCUGCUUCAGUUAAUUGCAUUUGCCAGCUUAGUUUUGCAGAUCUUGUUCCUGUCUAAAAUUCACCCAAACAAGUAAAGCUGUGUCCCUGGCCUUGGCUUUGACUCCAACUCCAAGUGCCAGCAAACUAUUAUAGCAGACAGGAACAAAUUUGCUUCCUUAUCCUGGUGCAUCUGGGAACAGUGUUUGCUGUGUUACUGCCUUCAUUCAGGUUUACUUAGCUUUCUUAGCGUUUGCCUGUCAUGUUCACUAUACUAUCCCCACCCAAGGUAUUGUAUGAAUGUAUUAGUUGGUGAUGCAGUUCAAAAUGAAACAGGAGCCAAAACUCUGCAUUAAGAACUACUGUCAAACACUUGAAAUAAAAUUAAUUCAGAA